AAGCAUCAACCGUUCCAUUCCGCCAUAUAUAUAUCCGAGUCAAAUACAAAAGCUGAGGCUUCUUUCACAGAGAUCACAGCACCAUUUACUCAUCACUCUGCUGAUACUCAUCUGAAGUGGAAACUCAUUUCACACUCUUACACCUCUUUCAUCUUCUGGUUUUUCCGACCUUCAUCUUCGUUUUCAAUUUACUUCAAUUGAAUGACGACUUUGAUUCUUCCUUCCUUCGUUUAUUUUUGUGCUACAUGGAUGUAGGUUGCAUCAUGAGCUUAUUGAGGCCUUCUGCAAUAUACAACUUCGUAACAAGUUAUCCUGCGCUGCGAUGGAUGCCGUGUCAGAGUUGGGGCUUCCUUCGAUGGCCGGGUCUUGACGGAUUCCUUAGGCUUAUGGUUGUUGGACUUCUCUGGUCCACGUUUUCUGAGCUUCGCUUCAUACCUUCCUCUUCUAUGUUCCCCACCCUUCGUGUUGGUGAUCGAAUUAUUGUGGAAAAGUUUCUCCAGGCUUCAUAUUAUAUCAAGAAUCCUUCUAUACAUGAUAUUAUAACAUUUAAGGAUCCAACACAGUUAUAUGGAGAAAACACAGAAACUGUUUUUAUUAAGAGAAUUGUAGCAAAAGCAGGAGACGCUGUUGAGGUUCAUCAUGGGGUACUCUACGUCAAUGGUGUUGCUCAGCAGGAAGAUUUCAUAGCACAACCACCUGCAUACACAAUUCCUUUAACCACUGUGCCCAAUGACCAUGUUUAUGUGCUAGGCGAUAAUCGUAAUAACAGUUAUGAUUCUCAUGUGUGGGGACCACUUCCUAUGAAGAACAUAAUGGGAAGAUAUGUCACUUGUUAUCAUAGACCAACAAACAUUUGACCCAAAUAUCAUUGAGAUAUACUGAAGGAACUGGUGCCCUUUUCUAUGGUCUGACCAAUGGGGACAGCGUACUAGGACAUCUGAUUUCUGUGAAGAGUUCCUUCCAGCUGUUCCAUAAAUGAUGCGCACGCCGCCCUUUGCCCACUCUUUAUGUCAUUGGAUUCUCAUAUGCACGUAGCAUGCUUCCCACGUUCAGAGGAUGGAAUUCAUCUUCAGAAAAAAUAAAGACAUGUGAUUUCUGCAGGGUUCACUGUUAGUCGAGUCACAUUGCAUAAUGUCUGGUAUUAGUUGCGGUUAGAGAAAUGGGUAAUAACUGAAAAGCAAAUCUUGUAGUUGCUUUAGUCAUUCUUAAGCCCUGUUUGUCUUGUGGCAAAAACAGGAGGCAGAGUCCUAGUUGCUUUCUCUCCAUGAUGGAUUUUACCAUGUUUUAGUUCACUGAACUUUAUAUAUUCCCUACCAUGCCUUUUGGCAAUAUACCUCCAUUUGUUACACCUGAAAAUACUAUACAACUUAAAAUGAAAGGUAUUGUUAGAUACUUGUUGUUCUGCA